AUGCCUUGCUGUGGUGAGCGCGAAAAGGGUCCCGUGUCGAGGGAGGAGAAAUGGGACUCGGUGAACCUGGACGACUUCAAAUCCGAAUCGUGUCUAUCGCCCUUUUCUUACUUUCUGGUAUAUGUCUUUCUCCUGGUAUCCGUGGCGGUGUAUGGCGUCGACACCUUCACGGCGGUCAAUCUGCUGGCGUUCUCUCGAUGGGCCGGAUCAAUUGAACCAGCUAUUCCCUUCAAAGUCUCGCGAUGGAUCUUUGCGGUUUGCAUUAUCAUCUCUUUCGUGCUGUUGGUUCUUCGGUGGCUUCAUGCGAUUCGCGCGAUGCGCUCGGGGAGCAUUGCCCAGAGUUACUUGGACCCUCUGGCUGCGCGAAUCCAGAGUAUCCGCAUGGGAAGACGUGGUCGUGGGUGGAGACGCUUUUUGGUCUUUGCGGAGCUCACGAAGAGUAAGAAGGGCGCAGAGUAUGUGGCUUUAUUCGCGUACUUCUCCUUUGAGAGUUGGAUGAAUACGAUUUUCGCAGACGGCCCCCGUCAAGUUGUCAAUGCCAUCACUUUGUACUCCGUCAUGAAAAUGGACCUUCUUCCCGGUGGUGAAAACUCCGUGGACGACGACAAAGCAGGCAUUGUGCAGUUUUUCGAGAACGUCAAGAUCCUAGCCGAGGACAGCAACCAGAGAGCCGUGGUCUUAUGUGGUAUGCUCUUCACCCUCGUGAUUUGGGUGCUGUCGAUCCUCAAACUCGCAUCCGCCGUGAUCCUCUACCUCAUCUUCCUGUUCCACCAUAUCCCCGCCGAAGAUGGUUCUCUAAGGGCGUAUUGCCGUCGCAAGAUCAACACCCGGCUCAUGCGCGUCGUUCGUCGAAAGGUGGACAAGGCCUUGGCCAAGAGCACCGUGAAUCGCGCGCCGACCCAACCCAACCUCGGCUUUGAUCGGAAGCCUACCCUGCCUAUGGUGGCCGACCUGAAUGCGGAGGACAAGACGCCCACCGUCACAACUCUCUCGCGUUCUACGACUCAAACAACGCUCCCACCAUAUACUUCGCGCCCAGGAACCGCGGCACCGGAGCGGAACCCAACUCUUCCUACCCUCCCCGACGUAACAUGGACCGAAAAACCGGCGUUAAGCCGCACGGUGACUCAAUCAUCGGCGCAUUCGGAUUUAACAUCAUUCUCUGGGGCUACAGCUGUCUCCGGGUACAGCCCUCUUGAUCGCGGGGUUUCACCUGCGCCGCCUGUCCCCCCUGUCCCCAGCAGCGUACCGAUGCCCGGAGCCCGUUCUUACACGCCCGUAUCACGGCCGCCGACCACCCGGCCAACGCGCACACCGGCGCCGCCGUCAGCGAUCAACGCGCCAAGCCGUAUACCGACGACGAUGAGCCAUGGCGACUAUGAGGAAGCGCCACGCCGUUAUCCCGACCCCUACAGUAUCGAUGCACCUUACGAUGAGGAAUAUGGUGCAUACCAGUCAUAUAAUGCAGCUCCUGAUCCUUACUCGCGCUCUUUGACGUCUGGAGUUGCUGUCUCGUCUAUCGAGGACUAUCCAACUCGGAAGUUAUCUCCACAGAGUCACAGGGGGACACCCCAACCACCAGCCAACCCACAACCUGGCUAUCCCAUGCGAUCGUACACUCCGGGUAACGCUGCACCGGCUCGACCACCGCUGGCCAUUGAUACAGCCGGAAAUCAUUUCGAAAGUCCAUUCUCUCCCGUUUCUCAGAGAGCCACACCCCGACCGCAGCAGCAGAGCCCACAGCAGCAAGGAGGCUACGUUGCAUUCGAUCCGUCCUCAAUCCCCAGGAGCCAACCCAAUGCCGGCGUUCGACCAUCAAAUUCUCCUGUUUAUCAUGCUUAUGGCGGACCAGGCAGUGCUACGUCGCCCAACGAGCCGAGCACCCGAGCACCGCCUGUCCGAGCAUACACACCGCAGGGCUACAAUUCUCAGCCGCGACCCUAUCACCAAGACUACGUCUGA